AUGUCAAGCAAUGUACAGACAGUUUUGAAUGAGGCCCAGGAUGUCACCAACAAGAACUUGGGCAAUGUGAAAGCUCCCGUUGAAGUGCCCAAUGGCUCUAUCGACAAUAGGCCCUCGAAACCCCGAGUUCGACCCAAGUACCGCCAUGUCGCAGCCCUACAUACCAAGGUGCGGCCAUCGUGUCUGAGCCAUGAAGCAACCGAGACGCCCAGCUUCAUUGGCUUCCGCAAUCUCAUGGUGCUAACCAUCAUCGUCAUGAACCUGCGUCUGGUGGUGGAGAAUGCCCAAAAGUAUGGCCUCCUCAUCACGCUGCAAUUCAACCUACGAAGCCAGGACAUCAAGACCGCACUGGUGCUCUACGCCCUCACGCCAUGUCACCUUUUCGUUGCCUACAUCAUCGAACGAGUAGCGAUGGAAAAUGCGAAGGGAGCCGUUGGCAAGCGGAAGAAAGACGAUCCGGACGGCAGCAAGCCCGAGACUGAGACGGAAAAGAAGGAUUUCUACUAUACUUGGUGGUGGAUUGCGUUUGCUCAUGGGUUGAACGCCUCCAUGGCACUGUUGAUCACGAGUGCUGUUGUCUACUACCAUAUCUACAAUCCUGGCUUGGGGAUGAUCUGCGAGCUCCACGCGAUCGUCGUCUGGUUGAAGACGUGCUCUUAUGCGUUCACCAACCGAGACCUACGACAUGCCAUGUUGCAUCCGGGCGGCCCAGAGUCUGCGCUACCUGAGCUGUAUUCGCAAUGUCCUUAUCCGCGCAAUGUCACGCUUGGCAAUCUGUGCUAUUUCUGGUGGGCACCGACAUUGGUAUAUCAACCUUACUAUCCACGGACAGAUCACAUUCGGUGGACUUUCUUCUUCAAACGGUUGAGCGAGGUCGUGGCCUUGUGUGUCUUUAUCUGGCUCAUAUGUGCUCAAUAUGCAGUGCCUGUAUUGCGCAACUCUCUCGACGGCAUGGCUGUGCUUGACUUUUCCACCAUUGCCGAACGUUUGAUGAAACUGUCGACCAUUUCUCUGAUCGUCUGGCUUGCGGGUUUCUUUGCACUCUUCCAGUCCUUUUUGAAUGCUCUUGCCGAGAUCAUGAGGUUUGGCGACCGAGUCUUUUAUGAGGACUGGUGGAACAGCACGAGCCUGAAGGAGUACUGGUCGACCUGGAAUAAGCCCGUGUACCACUUCAUGCGGAGACAUAUCUACUCGCCACUUGUUGGUCGCGGGUGGUCUCCGCAAGCCGCCAGCGCUUUGGUCUUUGUGUUUUCUGGGUUCCUGCACGAACUGGCGGUUGGAGUGCCCUGCCACAACAUUCUCGGAGUUGCUUUCCUGGGAAUGGUUCUACAGUUGCCUCUGAUUCAAUGUACAGAGCCAUUGACAAGAAAAGAUGGCACAGGCAAGGUGAUCGGGAAUUGUAUCUUCUGGAUCAAUUUUGUCUUUGUUGGUCAACCGUUGGCUGCCAUGCUAUACUUUUUCUCAUGGCACUCGAAGUUCGGGCAGCUUGCUAAAAUAAACAAGAAUUAG